UGGAGGAAAGGUAGCUAUCGCAAAUUCGCAACUCCUAGGAAGCGAACCAAGCAUGCCAACCUCAACACUUUGUCAUGUCCCAUUUGCACAUCAAAAUAUAUCAACUAAUUAACGCUAAUCAUUUGAGACAGCUCCAUGCUCAUCUCAUUCAAAACUCCCUCCACCACCACAACAAUUGGGCGUCACUUCUCAUCGCCCAAUGCACGCUCCUUCACGCGCCACCACACUAUACCCGUAGCAUUUUCAAUUCAACCCCCGACCCAACUAUUCAUGUCGUCACUUCCAUGCUCAAAUACUACUCCCAUUUGGGUGGCCAAAAUGAAGUUAUAUCUUUCUUUAAACACAUGCAAUGCUGUAGCUAUGUUAAACUUGGUGCAUAUGUUUAUCCGCUAGUGAUAAAAUCUGCUGGUAAAGAUGGGAUAAUGUUUCAUGGCCAUAUUUGGAAACUGGGUUAUGUAAAUGAUCCUUAUAUUCGCAAUGUGAUAUUGGAUAUGUAUGCAAAACGUGGUCCAGUUGAGGUUGCUAGGAAACUGUUCGAUGAAAUGACUGAGAGAAGUCUUGCGGAUUGGAAUUCUAUGAUCUCUGGGUAUUGGAAGGGAGGAAAUGAAACUGAGGCUUUUAGUCUCUUUAAAAUGAUGCCUCAAAGGAAUGUUGUAACUUGGACUGCAAUGGUUACUGGGUUUGCUAAGAUAAAGGAUUUGGAGAAAGCAAGGAAGUAUUUUGAUUAUAUGCCAAUGAGAAGCGUUGUUUCUUGGAAUGCAAUGCUUUCAGGUUAUGCACAAAAUGGUUUUGCAGAAGAGGCUUUGAAGUUGUUUGGUGAUAUGGUGAAUUCUGGGGUCCAGCCUAACGAAACUACAUGGGCUACUGUGGUUUCUUUGUGUUCAUUGUUUGGUGAUCCUUGCGUUGCAGAAUCAAUUGUGAAAAUGCUUGAUGGAAAGAGGAUCAAGAUGAAUUGUUUUGUAAAGACAGCUUUGCUUGAUAUGAAUGCCAAGUGUGGGAAUCUUGAGGCUGCUAGGAACAUUUUUAAUGAACUUGGGGUUCAUAGGAAUUCUGUUACAUGGAAUACUAUGAUUUCAGCAUAUACAAAGGUUGGUGAUUUGGAUUCUGCCAGAGACCAUUUUGAUAGGAUGCCAGAAAGAGAUGUGGUUUCAUGGAACACAAUGAUUUCAGGUUAUGCUCAAAAUGGGCAGUCUGCGAAGGCAAUUGAAAUUUUCAAAGAAAUGAUUAGUUCUAAAGACUUGCAACCAGAUGAAGUGACAAUGGCCAGUGUUAUCUCAGCAUGUGGACAUCUUGGGGCUUUGGAAUUAGGCACUUGGGUGGUUAAUCAUAUCACUGAAUACAAGAUUAACUUGAGUAUUUUGGGAUAUAAUUCUUUGAUUUUCAUGUAUUCAAAAUGUGGAAACAUGAAAGAAGCUCAUAGGAUCUUUCAAGAAAUGGAAACAAGAGAUGUGGUUUCCUACAAUACUUUGAUUGCUGGUUUUGCUGCUCAUGGCAAGGGAAUUGAAGCCAUAAAACUAUUGUCAACCAUGAAAGAAGAAGGAAUUCAUCCUGAUCGUGUGACAUAUAUCGGUGUCCUGACAGCAUGCAGCCAUGCAGGAUUAAUGGAAGAAGGUCAUAAGGUCUUUGAAUCGAUUGAAAGUCCUGAUGUAGAUCACUAUGCAUGCAUGGUUGAUUUGUUAGGUCGAGUUGGAAAACUGGAUGAGGCCAAAAAACUAAUAGAUAACAUGCCAAUGGAACCACAUGCUGGAGUCUAUGGCUCUCUUUUACAUGCUAGUCAGAUUCAUAAAAGAGUUGACUUUGGAGAACUUGCUGCAAAAAUGCUGUUUCAGCUUGAACCACAAAAUUCUGGAAAUUACGUUUUGCUUUCUAACAUAUAUGCUUCAGCUGGGAGGUGGGAAGAAGUCAACCGAGUGAGAGAAAUGAUGAGCAAAGGGGAAGUGAAGAAGACCGCUGGAUGGAGUUGGGUGGAGUACCAAGGUAAAGUGCACAAGUUCAUGGUUGGAGAUAGAUCACAUGAACGAUCAGAUGAUAUUUAUAGGUUAUUGGCAGAAUUAGCAAGCAAGAUGAGAAGGCACGGGUACACUGCUGAUAGAAGCUGUGUGCUAAGAGAUGUUGAAGAGGAAGAGAAGGAGCAUAUGGUGGGAACUCAUAGUGAAAAACUAGCUAUUUGCUUUGCCCUUCUUGUUAGUAAAUCAGGAGCAGCGAUUAGGGUAGUAAAGAACUUAAGAGUAUGUUUAGAUUGCCAUACUGCUAUAAAGCUGAUAUCCCAGUUAGAAGGAAGGGAAAUAAUCGUGAGAGAUAACAACAGGUUUCACCAUUUCAAUGAUGGGCUAUGCUCUUGCAAGGAUCAUUGGUAAUGUAAGAGAAGAGAAUUUAGUAUGAGCAUGCUAAUGAGGUCACCAGCAAACUGGGGUGGUUUUCAUGCUUAAGGAAUACUACAACAAUAAUAAUUAAGUCUUAAUCCCAGAUUAAUUGAGGUCUGCUGUAUGAAUCAUUUAUUCCCAUUUUACUUUGUUCAUAGCUAAUUCAUGGUCAAGGAAUGAGAAAAAGAAAAAAAGCCGAUUUAGUCAUUCAAUUAUACUUAAAUACACUAAUUAAGACCCCUAUUUUCAAA